AUGGAGUAUUCCUGUAUGGAACUUGCACUAGAGGGUGAGCGCCUCUGUCGAGCUGGGGACUGUCAUGCUGGUGUUCAAUAUUUUGAAGCUGCAGUUAAAGCAGGAACAGAAGACUUUGCCACAUUGAGUGCCAUUUACAGUCAGCUUGGCAACGCUUACUUCUACCUGCAGGAAUAUGGAAAAGCUCUUGAAUUUCACAAACAUGAUCUCAAUCUAGCAAGUUUGCUGCCUCUCUCUCUCUGCAUUAUAGUUUGCUGCCUCUCUCUCUCUCUGCAUUAUAGUUUGCUGCCUCUCUCUCUCUCUCUCUGCAUUAUAUUUGCUGCCUCUCUCUCUCUCUGCAUUAUAGUUUGUUGCCUCUCUCUCUCUCUCUGCAUUAUAGUUUGCUGCCUUUCUCUCUCUCUGCAUUAUAGUUUGCUGCCUCUCUCUCUGCAUUAUAGUUUUGCCUCUCUCUCUCUCUCUCUGCAUUAUAGUUUGCUGCCUCUCUCUCUCUGCAUUAUAGUUUGCUGCCCUCUCUCUCUGCAUUAUAGUUUGCUGCCUCUCUCUCUCUGCAUUAUAGUUUUGCCUCUCUCUCUCUCUGCAUUAUAUUUGCUGCCUCUCUCUCUCUGCAUUAUAGUUUGCUGCCUCUCUCUCUCUCUGCAUUAUAGUUAUAGCCUCUCUCUCUCUCUCUGCAUUAUAGUUUGCUGCCUCUCUCUCUCUCUGCAUUAUAUUUGCUGCCUUCUCUCUCUCUGCAUUAUAGUUUGCUCUCUCUCUCUGCAUUAUAGUUUUGCCUCUCUCUCUCUCUGCAUUAUAUUUGCUGCUCUCUCUCUCUGCAUUAUAGUUUGCUGCCUCUCUCUCUCUCUGCAUUAUAGUUUGCUGCCUCUCUCUCUCUCUGCAUUAUAUUUGCUGCCCUCUCUCUCUCUGCAUUAUAGUUUGCUGCCUCUCUCUCUCUCUCUGCAUUAUAGUUUGCUGCUCUCUCUCUCUCUGCAUUAUAGUUUGCUGCUCUCUCUCUCUCUGCAUUAUAGUUUUGGCUCUCUCUCUCUGCAUGAUAGUUUGCUGCCUCUCUCUCUGCAUGAUAGUUUGCUGCCUCUCUCUCUCUGCAUGAUAGUUUGCUGCCUCUCUCUCUCUCUGCAUUAUAGUUUGCUGCCUCUCUCUCUCUCUCUCUGCAUUAUAGUUUGCUGCCUCUCUCUCUCUCUCUGCAUUAUAUUUGCUGCCUCUCUCUCUCUCUGCAUUAUAGUUUGCUGCCUCUCUCUCUCUCUGCAUUAUAGUUUGCUGCCUCUCUCUCUGCAUUAUAGUUUGCUGCCUCUCUCUCUCUGCAUUAUAGUUUGCUGCCUCUCUCUCUCUGCAUUAUAUUUGCUCCCCUCUCUCUCUAACCAUUACAGUUUGCUCCCUCUCUCUCUAACCAUUACAGUUUGCUCCUCUCUAACCAUUACAUUUGCUCCCUCUCUCUCUAACCAUUACAGUUUGCUCCCUCUCUCUCUAACCAUUACAUUUGCUCCCCCUCUCUCUCUAACCAUUACAGUUUGCUCCUCUCUCUCUAACCAUUACAGUUUGCUCCCUCUCUCUCUAACCAUUACAUUUGCUCCCCUCUCUCUAACCAUUACAGUUUGCUCCUCUCUCUCUAACCAUUACAGUUUGCUCCCUCUCUCUCUAACCAUUACAUUUGCUUUCUCUCUCUCUAAUCAUUACAGUUUGCUUUCUCUCUCUCUAAUCAUUACAGUUUGCUUUCUCUCUCUCUCUAACCAUUACAGUUUGCUUUCUCUCUCUCUAACCAUUACAGUUUGCCCUCUCUCUAACCAUUACAGUUUGCUUUCUCUCUCUCUAACCAUUACAUUUGCUUUCUCUCUCUCUAAUCAUUACAGUUUGCUUUCUCUCUCUCUAAUCAUUAGUUUGCUUUCUCUCUCUCUAAUCAUUACAUUUGCUUUCUCUCUCUCUCUAACCAUUACAGUUUGCUUUCUCUCUCUCUCUAACCAUUACAGUUUGCUUUCUCUCUCUCUAACCAUUACAGUUUGCUUUCUCUCUCUAACCAUUACAUUUGCUUUCUCUCUCUCUAACCAUUACAGUUUGCUUUCUCUCUCUCUAACCAUUACAGUUUGCUUUCUCUCUCUCUCUAACCAUUACAGUUUGCUUUCUCUCUCUCUAACCAUUACAGUUUGCUUUUCUCUCUCUCUAACCAUUACAUUUGCUUUCUCUCUCUCUAACCAUUACAGUUUGCUUUCUCUCUCUCUCUCUCUAAUCAUUACAGUUUGCUUUUCUCUCUCUCUCUCUCUCCAUUGCAGUUUGCUUUUUCUCUCUCUCUCUCUCUCUCUAACCAUUGCAGUUUGCUUUUUCUCUCUCUCUCUCUCUAACCAUUUCAGUUUGCUUUUUCUCUCUCUUGCAGUUUGCUUUUUCUCUCUCUCUCUAACCAUUGCAUUUGCUUUUUCUCUCUCUCUAACCAUUGCAGUUAACUGUUUCUCUCUCUCUCUCUCUAACCAUUGCAGUUUGCUGUUUCUCUCUCUCUCUCUAACCAUUGCAUUUGCUGUUUCUCUCUCUCUCUCUAACCAUUGCAGUUUGCUGUUUCUCUCUCUCUCUCUAACCAUUGCAGUUUGCUGUUUCUCUCUCUCUCUCUCUCUCCAUUGCAGUUUGCUGUUUCUCUCUCUCUCUCUCUCUCUCUCUAACCAUUGCAUUUCCUCUCUCUCUCUCUCUAACCGUUAUAGUUUCCUGUCUGUCUCUCUCUCUCUAGCUGUUAUAGUUUCCUGUCUGUCUCUCUCCCUCUCUAACCAUUAUAGUUUCCUGUCUGUCUCUCUCUCUCUAACCAUUAUAUUUCCUGUCUGUCUCUCUCACUCUCUAACCAUUAUAGUUUCCUGUCUGUCUCUCUCUCUCUCUAACCAUUAUAGUUUCCUGUCUGUCUCUCUCUCUAACCAUUAUAGUUUCCUUUUCCUGUCUGUCUCUCUCUCUCUCUCUAACCAUUAUAGUUUCCUGUCUCUCUCUCUCUCUCUAACCAUUAUAGUUUCCUGUCUGUCUCUCUCUCUAACCAUUAUAGUUUCCUGUCUGUCUCUCUCUCUAACCAUUAUAGUUUCCUGUCUGUCUCUCUCUCUCUCUCUCUCUCUAACCAUUACUACUUUCUCUCACACUUUCCUUUCUCACCGUUAUAGUUUCCUCUCUCUCUCUCUAACCAUUAUAGUUUCCUUUCUAUCUCUGUCUCUUAUGUGUUUUUUGCAUCCUUCUUCCUCUCCCUUUUUUCUUCCUCUCCCUUUCAUGAUUUUUUUCUUCCACUUCCUUUUUUUUAGUAUAUUUCUUUUUUUUUUCACUUCCUUUUUUGUAUUUUUUCUCCUCUUCCUUCAUGUUUUUUUCUCUUCUUCCUUCAUGUUUUUUUCUCUUCUUCCUUCAUGUUUUUUUCUCUUCUUCCUUCAUGUUUUUUUCUCUUCUUCCUUCAUGUUUUUUCUCUUCUUCUUUUAUCCCUCUUUGUUCUCUUAA